AUGGCUAAUGAGGAUUGGGAUCUGUUUGCCAUCGUGAGAAGUUGCAAAGCUGCCACCUUUACUGCUACCACAAACACAGAAACCCCACCCACCACCACAACCACCAAUACUACUGUUAUCUCCAAUACUAGAUCAUCUCAAGACAACACUUGCUUGGACGCUUUCACUGUUACCCAAGAAAAUGGCUCAUUCUCUUUUCCCAAUCUUGUGCAACCAAGAACCAAUGAGUUCCAAGAGCUUCAACAAUUGUUAAUGAACUUCAACCCCACCACCACCACCACCACCACCUUCACUAGCACUAGCACUAGUGGCCUUGGCAUCAAUCCCAAUUCCACUUUUUGUGACGUUGCAGGAUUCAUUGGACAACAGCAGAUACAGCAAGGUCACCACCAUCUUGUUGUUCCUACUCCCACAACUUACACCUCCAUUGGAGCACCCUCCACUACAAGCUUUGAUAGAUUCCAUCACAACCCAAAACAACAACAACAACAACAACAGCAACCCCAAACCCCAGAACAACAACAACAGCAUCAAAAUCAACCACCCCUACAAGUACCCCAAAUAAGUCCCAUGCUUUUACCAAAUACACAACCACAAACACCCAGAUCAAGAAAAAGAAAAAGCCAACAGAAGAAAAUGGUGUGCCAUGUAACCGCAGAUAACAUCUCAGCAGACUUGUGGGCAUGGCGAAAAUAUGGACAAAAACCCAUCAAAGGUUCUCCAUAUCCAAGGAACUAUUACAGAUGCAGUAGCUGCAAAGGAUGUGCCGCGAGAAAGCAAGUUGAGCAGAGCACAACGGAACCGCACAUGUACAUCGUCACAUACACCGGCGACCACAAGCACGCCAAACCUGCUCACAGGAACUCCCUCGCCGGUAGUACCCGGAACAAACACUCCACGACCCGUUUACCCGCAACACGUGAAACCGGGUUACAAUGGAUAAAAGGAAGCCAAAGUUCAUCAAGUUCAGCGCAUUCUCCCAUGCCAUUAAGUUCCGGUUCACUGCAAAGAGAGGAGGCUAGUGCCGCCGCCGGUGAUCCCGAAUGCCCAGACCGCCCAGACCCGGAAACAGAACCCGACUCGUCCUCCGAAAACGACGACGAUGUUUUGAUACCCAACACGACAGCCAUGUCGGACGCCGUUCUCUUGGGAUUAACCCAUUUCUACGGUAACAAAACCAAGAGGGAUGGGUUGGAUCCGAAUAACGUUCCCGGGGCUGAAUGUGAAUCCUCUGAGAACAACCGGGUCAAACCCGGUUGA